GUAUCCUCAGCUGAACUAAAUUUACUCUUCCGCCGUUUUAAAAACGCUAAAGUGGCAUAACAACGCCAAAAGACGAGCUUGUUUCACAAACAGACCGAGAACCGAUGACAGAAAACCACGGGAGAAAUGGGUGCUUUUAUUGUUGCAGAAAGGUCGCGAAACUUCCGGGAGUAGGUUGAAAGCAGCUUGACGCACAAUUCUCACAUUAACGACCUAAUCUGUUGAAUGUCUUCUGUCCUCGGCUGGGCGAAGACGGCAAAAAGGAGUCUGCUGCGGAAACAAGCGCAACCAGGGUUCACCCUUUGUGAUCAGCACAGGCAGCCAUGGCCACCAUGGUGAUGGAAAGCAUUGGGCGAGUGUUCAUCAGCCGGCAGCAGAUCCGGCAGGUACCCCGACUGCUGACCGAGGCGGCGCCCUCCAUGCCCGGCACCGUAACAGACUCCGAGGUUCCUGCCUACUUCAGGGAACGCUACGUCUCCACGGGUUACAGACCGCUCGAGCAGAGCUGGCGCUACUACUUCCUGUCCCUGUUCCAGCGCCACAACGAGACCCUAAAUGUCUGGACUCACCUGCUUGCCUUUUUAUUGCUUCUAGUUAAGCUUCGCCAACUUGCAGUCACGGUGGACUUUGUCAGCGACCAUCAUUCGUGGCCCUUGCUCAUCCUCGUGCUGUCUUCCCUAACUUACUCAGGAUUCAGCGUAUUAGCUCACCUGCUGGGUGGAAAAUCUGAGCUGUGUCACUAUUUGUUCUACUUUCUGGACUAUGUUGGGGUAGCACAGUACCAGUACGGCAGUGCUGUGGUUCACUUUUACUAUGCAGUAGAUGAGACCAUGCACAGAAGCAUGCAAGGACUCUUCAUGCCUACUGUCACCAUCCUUAGCUGUCUGUCUUGUCUAGGAUGUUGCUAUGGGAAAUACUGCAACCAUACCCGACCUUGUUGGGUGCGUAAAGUGUGCCAGGUAAUCCCCUCAGCGCUGGCCUAUAUGUGGGAUAGCAGCCCUGUGGCUAAGAGACUCUUGCUGUGGUCCAUCGAUGAUCUGGCAGUCGCCUACCACUUCGGUCAGGUGGCGUUCUUUCUCAGCUGCUCUUUCUUCUUCACCUUCCCGCUGCUGGAGCGCCUCCUCCCUGGACGGUGUGAUUUUGUGGGCCAAAGUCACCAGGUGUUCCAUGUUUUGCUCUCUUGCUGCACCUUCUGUCAAAUCCACGCCUCCUACUUGGACUAUGUGCACCGCAGGCAACUUUAUUUACGUCUGCAUGAAAGCGGCGAUGCUGCUCUCUUUGUGGGAUUGUAUGUGCUCACACUGGUUGGAUGUGCACUGGUCACUGCCUUCAUGCUGAGGAAAGUUAAACAUGUUCUCGACUUCAAAAUGAAGUUAAAAUAAAGAAGUAGUCAGCUUGGGAUCAUAGUGCCUUUCCUAACAGAAAACAACAUAUCUGGAGGGAUUUCCUUGUAUUAACAAACUGAAGUAGGGUGUUUUUUUUGUGUGUGUGCAUUUCUAUUGAGGUUUCUUUAACUUAUUACUGAAGUAGUGAUACUACUGCCUCAUUACACUGCCACUACACUGUACUGCUAUAACUAAACAUAGGAACUGUGUAGCUGCCAUUGUUGAGUUUUUAGCUGUUUAAUGCUCUGAAGGGAUGGUCCUAUUGGGCAUAAUUUGGUGCACAGGCAGAAAAGCGAUGAGUGGCAUCACUAUUCUAGUCACCAGAAUGUCUGUUCAAAACAGCAAUGGAAGGUCACCAGACACAGAGCAUGCAUCAUAGAACAAAUUAGGAGGGUUACUGGAUCAAAAUGAAGUCUAAUGGUCAUUUUCCACUAGCACUUUCUCAGUGACACUCAACUCGGUUCUACUAGGUUUUUCACUGGUAAUGGUUACGUGAUACCAACCCUGUUUUCAAUAGUUACUUUGCUGUGGAUGCGAAGCGUGUGAAGUCGCGCUAAAAACACAUCAGAAGACUGUUGCCCUCUGAUUGAAAGGUGGCGCACGUGAUCCGCACAAAAACUUUAAGCAGGAGGCCAAGCCACAGGGAGCGGGAACCAUGCAAUUGGUCCGCGCUCCUGGCUUUAACACAAGUUCAAUACAUCAACUGUGAACCUGUUAGCCUACAAUACACUGGGUGAAACCCUGGGGAGUCACUGUUUGCAUUACAAGAGUGAUUUCCUUCCAAUAAUCAGACCUGCCAUUUGUGAAGACUCACAACUUUAAGGAAAAUGGGAACAUUGAAAAUGCCACCAUAGACUGUGAUUGAAGGUGCAGAUUGUUUUUCUGCUCUUGUAGUGUUGGUGUCACAUACAGAUCACGUCGGACUUUAAUACUCAUUAGUAGUGUCGAGUAGAUCCAAGCUGAGCCAAGUCGAGCGUACCAGAGGAAAAGAGCUGAACGUAGGGUUGCAUAACUCUGUUUGCAUGACUCGCCUAGUUUAAUCUCUUACCAUGAGCAGAUGAAGGAAGAACAAAUGCUAAUCGUACGAUGCAACCUCAAACCUUGUAUGUGACUCCUUUAAGCCACCAUCAAUUUAUGUUUCAACUGAUAUCCAAGGCAGCUUCUCACUAAUGACCUUCAUAUUCUGUUUUUAAUGACUGAUGCUACUGUGCAACUGUCCUAUUACAUUUUGAUUCCAAUCAUGAUGCCACCCUCUCUGACUCUGGAGCCUACGGUUUUUGGAUUGAAAUCAAAUCACUGAUAUGUGCACCAUAAUUAAGACUUCAUUGACUAAUCCAGUUGGGUUUAUAGCUAAUUUUUUAGCAUAUUAAAUGUACAAGUUUUUUUUUCUUUUAUUUUUUUGUACAAUAGGAGAUAUUAUAUUUUAGUUUUUAUGAUGAUCAGUUUACAUAUAGGGUAUGGUCAAAUGAUGGCAGAGAUGGAACAUUCCUCUUGAAAAAUAUAAAUUCUUUUGCUCUGAGAAGUUAAUGCUCUGUUUUGCGUCAGUCUUAAUAAGGCAGCACUGGUUGAAUGUUGCUUUUAAAAAGGCAUUUUCCCUAUUUUCCACAAAACGUCAUCAGAUGAUGUGCGGUGGGCAAUCACUUGAAGCUGAAGCCUUACUAUUUAAGCUGUCAUUGUUUUAUCAAUGUAGGUUUUAAAUCUGAAAUGCUACCUUAUUUCAGUCUGAGGUUUAUAGCCUGUUAUUUCUUUGUGAGUGUUUUUACGUUGUUCCAUGAAGAUUACGAUUUCAUAUCAUUUAGAUGGAAUUUUCUUUCUGCCAACAUUGAAUGAAGCAGUGAUGAUUGAGGCAUUUUGAAGUAAGAUUUGGUAAGAAGUUAAAAGGUUUAUAUCUUCAGUAGAUGCCUCUAUUGGUGUCUUAAUUUAGUAGAAGUCCCGAUUAGAUGGGACCCCGGCAUAUUCAGGAGUUGCAGAUUUUUCCAUGGAGCUCCAAAUUUGAUGUUAGCUUCAGCCUCCAGAAACAACUCAUAGAUAGUAAAUGUAUCGAUAGUAAAUGUAGAGUUGCAUUUUGCCGGGCAGACAUUAACAACAUAUAACCUCACUUUAAAAUUCCUGAACUAUCUCUGUUGUGGUCAUGAGGGAUUUAUUGUAUUACAAAAUAAACGUGCCUUUUUUGUUUUUUGUUAACAUAUUACAACCUGUAUAUACAGUUCUUUAGUGUUGAAAGAGCUGUACUGUGCCUUUUGUAUUUUCUCUGUUUCCCUUGAGUGCUUAGUAAAACUCAGAUACACUGUGA